UGCGUUUUUCAUCUAAUAUACUGUAUAAUGUAAAGGGAUGCAGGCAAAAUGCAGAUACGGUGUAUAGCUGCCAGUGCCAGUACAUCUCGGCUAAUAUAAAGGAAGCUGUAGCCUAAUAAAUUCCAACUAUAAAUCACAGAGGAAAAUAUGAACCAAUCUGCAGACUUCAUGCAUUAAUUAAUUAUUACACUCAUUUACAUUACGCUAGAACUACUGUUUAAUUGUCUCUAAAGGAGGGACUUAUAAUUCAGACAGCUGAGCCAGUAGUCCACUGACUUUUUUGGACUCCCUUUCAAAUGCAUUUUUUGAAUAGAGCCUUGAAUUUCAUAAUUCUUAAAAGCUCUGUCACAAUUAUUCAGUAAGGGUGGAAACAGCCGGAUGGCUGCUCCUGGAGGCGCAUUCUCUGCAGCGCUUAGGCGGUCACAAGACUUGGACAUCGGUGAACAAAAAAUCGACACGCUGACAGGUCAGCUAGAGGCUUAUAGGCCCACAGAUUCUUCUCUUCUCUGCACCCAACAUCCAACAAGUUGGUCCAUUUGGAAAUCUACUUUCUUGCGCGCUGCCUCGCCACAGUCUUUGCCGUUUAUUUUUUGAAUGGAAAUUUCAGUGGGGCUCUUUUUUAGAUGUUAAACUUUUACUCUGUCUCGAAAGGGUUAUUUUUAUUUGGAGUUGAAUAGUCCUGCAAAACUACAACUAGUGAUGUUUUGGUGCGUAAAGGAGGGGCGCAUGCCGAAGUGAGCGAAUGCCACUGGAAGAAAUUUCACCAAAUAUGUCAACAUUGCUUUACCACCCACUCGAAAUCGAUUGUAUUACCUUCAAGAAGGUGGCUCCUCGUAUAAAUAGAGACGCAUUAUUUCAAGAAAGACGGCGGUGAGCACAAUCUACUGGCUGUUCUCUCUCUCUCUCUCACUCUCUCUCUCUCCUAUCGGGACCACAGACAACGCCUGGAAGAAUUUGCUGAAGACAACUGUGUCCACUCUCCAGGACAUAAGCAUCUUUAACUUCUAAACUAACACUGAAGUCAUGCAGGUGGAAAGGAAAUGGCACAUACUGUUGACUAUCUUCUUUCUGCUCAUCACCUCGGGCCAGUGUAUGGACAGCAAGGAUGUCAAGCAGAAAGAAAGAAGGACCCUGUUGGAUCUAAUCUUACAGGUUAUCAGAGACAGCCAGCAACGGGACAAACCCGUCUCCAAGCGCUGUAGCAGUGGACUCUCCACUUCAGCCCAAGACAUGAAGUUCUCCUCCCGUGAAAAGCCUUUCUAUGUUCCUAGGCUGGAUAACAGUAGACUCAUAGAAAUUGUUCCUAGAGAUGUAAACAUGAAAGGCAAAUUCAUUCAGCAUUUCACAGCAGGACCAGUCAAGUUCUCAUCGGAGUGCAGAACACACUUUCAUAGACUUUAUCACAACACAAGGGAUUGCUCGAGACCAGCAUAUUACAAAAGAUGUGCAAGAUUGCUAACACGAUUAGCAAUGAGUCCACUCUGCAUGCAAUCGUAGAUACUGCAUGUCCCCAAAUAAUGGAAGAGGGAUCAAUGUGUUGCCAAGGAAGUGCCUUCAAAUCCACAGCAGUCAUAUGAACAUUGUUGUUUUUAUAGUGUUUCUAUUUUUGUUGUUCUUGUUGUCAUUACUGAAAAUGCUGAUGGACAUUGUUGGUUGUUUUUCAAUGAAUUUGCUUUUUAUUUACCUGUAUGUACCAUAUAUUUGUAAGGAAACAUUAAUUUAAUAUUAAAUACACCUAUUUAUUGAAAGGGUAUGUAUAUAAUAAUUUCACAAUCAUUCAAAAUCUGAUUAUUUUGGUUAUAAAAGUUAUAUCUAUUGAGAGGAAGCUUUUCUUUUUUUUCUUCUUAUAUAUGAAUUCCUCUUUCACUAUUGGUCUGAAAAAUGUGUCAUGCUCCGUUGUUGUCUUCAUUACAUUUUAUUUGGCACUUGAGUGAUUGCUGACAAUGAGAACAUAUGGAAUGACAACAUUGGUGAUAAUGCACUGCAGUAUUGAACAAUAAAGAAUAUUGAAGCACAA